GGUCGACGCCUCCUCUCCCAAUUCUACUCCCCUCCGCCACCGCCGCCGCCUCCUUUCUGCAUAGGAUUCGCAGAUCGACCUCGUCCGGCGGAUCGGCAGCAUGCCGCGCAGCUGUGAAGGAAAAACAGGAGCCGGCGAGGGGAGUUCACCAUACGAGUACAUCAUCCUUCCUGGUGGCCACCGCUUCGACAUCCCCGAAGGAGAGGAUAAGCAGGAGUGGAUCCAAUACUUCGAUGACGCUAGUCGAGCCAGCAGAGAGGUGAUCGCACGCCACGGCGACGGCCGUCCAGCCGACGGCAUCAACCGCGCCGCCAUACUGCCCUGCAGCGCCCACCGCGACGGUUCCAUAUACAGCGUCACCAACGGUUGGCACAAGCGCUACCGCAUCUCCGAUACCAACGAGACUCAAUUGGAGCCGAUGGCACUUUCAAACCCAUCCGAUUGCAAACCCAAUCACGAAACUUGUCAAAUCCAUUUCUCGCGACCGAUGAUGCAAAUAUAUUCAAUACAAUUGGGUAAUAUUUCUACGGGUACUGGAUCAGUGCAAGUAUAUGGUUAUAUCGCUGCGCGCGACACUCUAGACAUGUUACGCAAUUACAUAUUUAACCGGAGCAGAGAUGAUCCCAUCACGUUGGAGCAGGGUUCUCUUAUUGAGAUGAUUGGUCCCAAGCGAGGUAUCGACAUGUUUUCUGCCGUGCUUAUAGAGUAUGACAUGAGAAUCAAGAAAGGAGAACAAGAAGCAGAUGACAUUCAGUUAAUCGAUGGGGUAUCGGAUUUUGAUGAAUUAACCACACCAUCACGCAAACCAUUCUUGAGCCGUAUCGAUGGUGUCGGUGGUGCAGUUGACAUCACAUUAGCAAUGUUUCACGGUGCCGUUGAGGCAACCAUACAAGUGGAUGUAUCACAAGUUCAUGGGAAUGGUUUCAGUUUGCUUCUUACUUCUUCUGUUAGCGGACUAGAGAAAGAAAUCCAGCUGUUUCAUGGCACUGUUAGUCAGUCACGUGGAUUAAGAAGGUUUGUGGUUUCUGUGGUAAGAGAUACUUGGAUGCAUUUGAAGUUCAAGUUUGGUGAUGAAAGAGGAGGCGUCAUUGAUGAAGUUGAACGGUGUGCUUCCUUCAAAGCAAAGAUGCAUGGAUAUGACAGUCAACAAAUAAACAUUGUUGAGGCCUCUAUCCUGGUUAAAGUGACUUGGUCGACCUAGCGAAUUUCUCAUCAGGCAACUAUUUACCGGUUUAUAUUCUGGUUUUUUAGACCAUCUGAUUUCGGUGUAACUCUCCCUAGAUAUUUUAUAGUUAGGCCUCCUUUGCCAGCGUUUGGUUUGGCAUAGCUUAUGCUAAAACAACUUCACCAGUGAAGCUAAAGCUGGUGAAGCAAAAAAAAAAAAAAGAGCUCAUUUUAGCAUGAUGAGCUUAUAAAACGGCUUCAUGCUACGGUGUCUCCAUUUGCGUGUAAUAAGUGAAGCUGAAGCCAAAAUAACAUAUGGUAAAUAGCUAUGCUAAAUGAGGCCUUUGUACUCUGUAUUGAUAUUUUGGUGCAUCUCAGUCUCAUUUUAAUUUCCAGUA